GCCUCCUGAUGUUCAAGUUGAAGAACUACAAGGUGAUCAGCCUGCGUUUGAGGCAAGAUCUAGACCUGGUCCUGCCGCCUCUGAAGCUGCGGCUCCCCGCCUACUGGCGCCGCAUGCCCACAAGACUCCUCUACAACAUUUUCCCUCAGGUCCAGAUGAUCGCCACGAAACACACCCUGGUCCUUGAAGUCUUGGAGCUUUUGAUCCAGAAUACGGCAAUGACGACAAAGUCCAUUGAAAGCCUUGGCAGACUACAAUGGGCCAUAGCAGUGUGCCCGCUGACCAAGAGCCUUUUGCAACCAUCCUGGGCUUGGAAGAUGGGACUCCUUGCUUUGUUGAUGAAGGCCGUGAGCGCAGAGAAGACCUCAACCAUCCCGAUUGGGAUGAACCCAUCCUUGACCUGGAAGAAGAACCACAAGAAGGCCAAUACCGGAUCCACCUGCUCAACGGAGAAGGCACGGCCGUUGGAAAGUGGCAGUGUGGAAGACCUUUCCCCGGAUGACUUCCGGAAUGAAAUGGGGCUCUAUGGCAAGUGCACCCGGUGCUUCAAGUCCCAUGAUCUCCCACUGGAGUACCAACAAGGCCCUGCCCAAGUGAAUGAUGCCCCAGUGGACUCUGACUCCUCCAAUGAGUCAGGUCGUCCUCCGGAAAUGGCGGAAAUCAUCGACCUGGCACACCUGGUUGAUUGGAUUUUGACACUGUACAGGCCAUACCUCCAGAUCAGCAAGAAGACGUGGAAAGACUCUCCAAGGGCCUUUCAGUGCUUCUCCAAGCAGAUCCCAUGGCGGAUUCAAGGAGAGCUGGCAAGACAGGGCUACACCACAGUUGAGGAUCUUGCUGACAGAUGGGACAGCCCAGAGGAAGCACGUAACCAUGGACCCAGGGAACUUGACUUCACAGAGGGCAACCAUGGCUUCACGGCACAAUCAACGGCAUUCACUGCAAUGAGACUCCUCCAAGCGGUCAGGGCCGCAAGGAUGUUGGCCACGAUCCCGGGGACAGCCCACACUCAAGGAGCACUGCCCCGAAGCACCACACCGGGAGGAUCACCCCUGGAAAUCUCACUGGACAGACGCACCCUUGAGGAGACGUACAUGAAGACCUACAAGGAGGCCCAAACAGGUGCCACUGGCCCUGAGCAAGCCUCCUCAACACCGAGGGCUGCAUCAAGAUUCCCCUCCCCGGGGAAGGACCUCACCGGUCCAUACGACAACCCACGUCACGGCACCACGGUGGCACCACACCACGUCACAGCAUCCCGGACCCUGGGGUACACCCUCAGGCCCCUCGUGGAGCCCCUGGCCAAUGACAUCCACCUCUUCGAUGACAUCGUUAUGCUCCAU